UUNUUUGACAGCUUGCUCUCUUCUGCAUUUGCUGUAAAUCCCCCGAAAAGAAAGAAGAAGAAAAUAAUUCACAACUCUCACCUACUUACCUACAAAAAAUGUUGACAUUUGUAACAUCUUUCUUGCUCUAGCUCGCAUUUUUUCCUUUGCUUAAUUCCUUUCUCAUGAAUCUGGGUUCUUCUGAAUGCACCUCCUCGCACUGGUAUGGGCGCCGGAAAAAGACGCGGCUUUUGGAGGUUUCGCGUUUCUUGGUGGUUCCCGGCGCCGGUGACCGGAAGAUCGAUCCACAUUGCCAAUUGGGCUUUCGAGGUUUUGCGGGUCGGGUGCCCAUUUUCGUGAAUUUGAGGAUUAAAAAAUGCUUCUCUCAAAGGGCAAUCACUCCAGUGGGAGAUGAGAUCCCUUCACUUCCAAUUGCUGUUGAUAGAAAGGACACUCAGAUAAUCACCCAACCUGCUGUGUUCCACAAGGAUUUAAACUCUCUUCCAAAACCUUUGUCUUCCACCAAUCUUCCUUCUUCUCCGAGCGAUGGCACAAGGGUCCGUGUGGCAUAUAGGGGGGUACCUGGAUCUUAUAGUGAGGUUGCUGCACUUAAAGCGUACCCGAAUUCCGAGACUGUCCCUUGUGAUCAAUUUGAGGCCGUGUUCAAGGCAGUUGAAUUGUGGUUGGUGGAUAAAGCUGUCCUUCCCAUCGAGAAUUCUUUAGGUGGGAGCAUCCACCGCAACUAUGAUUUGCUGCUUUUUCAUAGGCUUCACAUAGUUGGAGAAGUUCGGUUGAUAGUCAACCAUUGUCUUCUUGGUUUGCCCGGUGUUAGAAAGGAGGAAAUAAAGCGUGUUUUGAGCCAUCCACAGGCACUUGAACAGUGUGAGAUUUUUUUGAACAAGUUGCAUCUUACAAAAAUCAAUGCAGAUGAUACUGCCUGUGCAGCUCAGAUUGUAGCCUCAGAAGGGGUGAGAGAAACAGGAGCAAUCGCAAAUACUCGAGCUGCAGAAAUUUAUGGACUUAAUGUUCUUGCUGAAAGAAUUCAGUUCGUUAAAUCCAACAAACAGGAUGACUCUGACAACAUAACCCGUUUUCUGAUACUUGCAAGAGAACCAAUAAUCCCAGGAACAGAUAAACCUUAUAAGACUAGCAUUGUUUUUACUCUAGAAGAAGGGCCUGGAGUUCUUUUCAAGGCUUUAGCAGUUUUUGCUAUGAGGGACAUCAAUUUGUCAAAGAUAGAGAGCAGACCACAGAGAAGAAGGCCGUUGAGAGUUGUUGAUGACUCUAACAGCGGGCGUGCUACAUACUUUGACUACCUCUUUUACAUUGACUUUGAGGCUUCUAUGGCAGAGCCUCGUGCCCAAUAUGCACUGGGGCAUCUUCAGGAAUUUGCAAGGUUUAUUCGGGUCCUUGGAUGCUAUCCAAUGGACACAAUGCAGUGAACGGAUGUGAUGAGUGCAUGUUGAGUUAUUGUCCGACAAAUUGAGUUGGGCUUUUCAGCAGGCAGAAGAAACAAACAAUCAAGUUUGUAAAUACAACAUAUAUAUUCAGAGUCCUAGUUGAAUCACUUCAAAGAGAGCAUGCCUGGAUCGAGUAGAUUGUAUACACAUAUAUAUUUAUUAUUAUUAUUUUCAAUUGUAUCAAACCUAUUUGGAAAUGCAGAUCAUUCUCAAGAUGCAAGUUCUGACAUAUUUGUGGAGCAAGGAAACAUUGUGGGAUUCAUUUUGGUACCAAAAUCAUUUUAGAAGCGAGAUUUAUUUGGAUUUUUGAACAACUGGGUUGUGUAUGAUUCAUUAGAUGAUUUUCGGUUAAAAAUAAUAUAUGUAUCAAGUUCUUAGUACACAAAAUACUGUACAUUUUGUUUUUUGUUUUGUUUUUUCUAACAUUAGA